CCCUCGGCGGCACUUCCCCGGAGGCUGCACAGCGCGCGGGGCUCGGCGGGGAGGCUGGGGGGGCGGCUGCGGCGUCAGCGGACUCCAGCAGGAAGCCGGGCGGGUCGGGACCGCUCGCGGAGAGGGGCUGGACUGCGAGCCCGGAGGUCCACCUUCCUGGCCCGCUGUCCGGAGCUGUGACCCAGCGCUGCUUCUCCGUCAAGCGCCAGUGAUAGCUACCUUGUCCCGAUGCUGGGAGGGUCGGGACAGUAAUACAGAAGUGCUCGUGUGGCCUGGCACGCAGCGGGCGCCGUCAGAUGGGCUGGGCUGGAUGAGCCGAGGGGACUGAGCAGCCUGGCGGAAGGCGGCAGCGGGCCAGGUCUCCGGGAAUGAAAGGCCUCACUGUCCCGGACUCCCAACCCCCUCCGCCCUCACUUCCCGCGGUUUGCCCAGGGCGGAGGUGCACACCUGGCGGUAGACUCGGCCAAGGCCACGUCUCAGCCGGCCGACCCAGAACGGAUCCUUAGCUCCAGGAGGGAGUGGUGGGGCUGGCCCGGGCACUGGCGGACCAGAGGUGGACAGAGGCCAGGACAGUGAGUGAUCGCUGAAGCCUCAGGCCAAAGUGAUGGAACCCAGAGCCACCCCGUAGCUGGGAGGGACACACUGCAGCCUCCCUUGACCCCAGCGGGAAGGAGGCCCAGCCGGCAGCUGCAGCCACCUGAGACUGUGUCCUGGGCCAGGUGCGAUGGCGGAGAAGGUGCUGGUGACAGGCGGGGCUGGCUACAUCGGCAGCCACACGGUCUUGGAGCUGCUGGAGGCGGGCUACUCGCCCGUGGUGGUCGACAACUUCCACAAUGCCAUCCGCGGAGGGGACUCCAUGCCCGAGAGCCUGCGGCGGGUGCAGGAGCUGACGGGCCGCACUGUGGAGUUUGAGGAGAUGGACAUUUUGGACCAGGCAGCCCUCCGGCGUCUUUUCGAAAAGCACAGCUUCAUGGCCGUCAUCCACUUCGCGGGGCUCAAGGCCGUGGGCGAGUCGGUUCAGAAGCCCCUGGAUUACUACAGAGUUAACCUGACGGGGACCAUCCAGCUGCUGGAGAUCAUGCGGGCCCACGGGGUGAAGAACCUGGUGUUCAGCAGCUCAGCCACCGUAUAUGGGACCCCCCAGUACCUGCCUCUGGACGAGGCCCACCCCACGGGUGGCUGUACCAACCCCUAUGGCAAGUCCAAGUUCUUCAUCGAGGAGAUGAUCCGGGACCUCUGCCAGGCGGACAAGGCCUGGAACGCAGUGCUGCUGCGCUAUUUCAACCCCACAGGGGCCCACGCCUCUGGCUGCAUCGGCGAGGACCCCCAGGGCAUCCCCAACAACCUCAUGCCCUACGUUUCCCAGGUGGCGAUUGGGCGCCGGGAGGCCCUGAAUGUCUUUGGAAACGACUAUGACACAGAGGAUGGCACAGGCGUCCGGGAUUACAUCCAUGUUGUGGAUCUAGCCAAAGGUCACAUUGCGGCCUUGAGGAAGCUGAAGGAGCAGUGUGGCUGCCGGAUCUACAACCUGGGCACAGGGACGGGCUACUCGGUGCUGCAGAUGGUCCGGGCCAUGGAGAAGGCUUCGGGGAAGAAGAUCCCAUACAAGGUGGUAGCGCGUCGGGAAGGCGAUGUGGCUGCCUGCUACGCUGACCCCAGGCUGGCCCACGAGGAGCUGGGCUGGACAGCAGCCUUAGGGCUGGACCGGAUGUGUGAAGAUCUGUGGCGCUGGCAGAAGCAGAACCCACUGGGCUUUGGCGCACAGGCCUGAGGCCCUCCCCUAUCAUGGACCAUGAAAGGAAAAGCAGCAGCCGCCUGCUGCCCACCUCCGCCAGGAACCUCCGGGCCGAGCCAAGGCCUCCCUACCUCACACCCUAGCUGGGCCCGCUCAGCACACAGGCAUGAGGCCAAGGGCUCCGCUGACCAGGAGCCAGGGUCUCCCCUGUCUUCCACGGGCUCCAGGAAGCAUCAGGACCACCAGGAGCGAGGGCGGGAGGCAGGGCCCCGUCACAACCACCUCCUGCCCCGCCCAGCCCGCAUCUGUACUGCUAAUCUUACAAAGUACGUACAAUAAAAAUUCCCUUGCACUGGG